AGUUGAAGUUUAAUAACGAAGUAGUCCAAAGUAGACAAUAAAUUAAGGAACGGCGUAUAACAUAGCAACACUUUAAAACUAACGCCGUUUGUGUAUGUGGAUUGUAGAUUAGUUAACAUUCACAUACACAGCUUUUUUCUAUCAAUUUUAACCCAAAAUGGCAUCAACCGAAGAAGAAACCAAGCCAGAAAAUACGUACAUGAUUAGACCAAACUUUCAGCACAAAUUCAAGAAAGCCACUGUUAAAGAAUGUAUUCACCAAGUGGUAAGUGAACACCUCAGUGGAAAACAAUACAACAGUGAGGAAGUAUCAGAGUGGACACAAGUUAUUUCAAAUGGAAUUAAAACCAAACUGAAGGAGAUGGGUUUUGAUCGAUAUAAGUUCGUGGUUCAGUGUGUGAUUGGUGAACAAAGAGGAGAAGGUGUAAAGAUGGGCUGCAGGUGUUUUUGGGACUCAGAUACGGACAACUACGCACAAGAUGUUUUCAUGAAUAGCACCCUGUUCUGUGUAACAGCAGCAUUUGGAGUAUUUUAUUAUUGAAGGAACCGUUGUAGACCUUCAACACUCAGCACUUCAGCUUACUGUGUUUGCUGUUUAAUAUUGUACAGUACAGAUGUUUCUAUGUUUAUAAUAAAUAUCUCAUUACUUAAA